UCGGAGGCUGUGGAUGAGCAGGAAUUCAGAGACUCCAGGCUAGACUCAGAAUCUUCCAUCCUGGCGGGGAAGAGCGGGGUGCAGAAAGAGGUUCCAGUCCAGCGUGGUGAGAGGCGUGCUGUCAAGGAAGAAGUUGGAGGGGAGUCAGUGCAACCCUAAGCCUGCGGGAUCUUGGGGUACACACACCCGGGAUGCUGGGUCACGCCCUCCUCGUCCUCCUCUAUUGCUUCAGAGGACUUGCAGGCCCAUUGCCUAACUUCUUGCAACAGCCAGAGGACAUGGUGGUGCUGCUGGGAGAGGAAGCUCGGCUGCCCUGCGCUCUGGGCGCAUACCGGGGGCUCGUGCAGUGGACGAAGGAUGGGCUGGCUCUAGGGGGCGAAAGAGACCUUCCAGGGUGGUCCCGAUACUGGAUAUCAGGGAGUGCAGCCAGUGGCCAGCAUGACCUCCACAUUAAGCCCGUGGAACUGGAAGAUGAAGCAUCGUAUGAGUGCCAGGCUUCACAGGCAGGCCUCCGGUCACGGCCUGCCCAACUGCAUGUGAUGGUUCCCCCAGAACCCCCCCAGGUACUAGGCGGGCCCUCCGUGUCUCUGGUUGCUGGAGUUCCUGGGAAUCUGACCUGUCGGAGUCGAGGGGAUGCCCAACCCGCCCCUGAACUGCUGUGGUUUCGAGAUGGGAUCCGGCUGGAUGGGACCACCUUCCACCAGACCACGCUGAAGGACAAGACCACUGGGACAGUGGAAAACACUUUAUUCCUGACCCCUUCCAGUCACGAUGAUGGAGCCACCUUGAUCUGCAGAGCCCGGAGCCAGGCCCUGCCCACAGGGAAGGACACAGCUGUUACAUUGACCUUGCAGUAUCCCCCCGUGGUGACUCUGUCUGCUGAGCCCCAGACUGUGCAGGAGGGAGAGAAGGUGACUUUCCUGUGUCGAGCCACUGCCCAGCCUCCUGUCACCGGCUACAGGUGGGCGAAGGGGGGAUCCCCGGUGCUUGGGGCGCGUGGGCCAAGGUUGGAGGUCGUAGCAGACGCCACGUUCCUGACUGAGCCGGUGUCCUGCGAGGUCAGCAACGCGGUGGGAAGCGCUAACCGAAGCACAGCUCUGGAAGUCCAGUAUGGACCUAUUCUUCAGGCAAAACCAAAGCCCAUGUCCGUGGACGUGGGGAGAGAUGCCUCCUUCAGCUGUGCCUGGCGAGGGAACCCACUUCCACGGAUUACCUGGACCCGCCUCGGGAGCUCCCAGGUGCUGAGCUCGGGGCCCACGCUGCGUCUUCCAUCCGUGGCCCUGGAGGAUGCAGGUGACUACACGUGCAGGGCUGAGCCACGGAGCUCUGGUCUGGGAGGCGGCACAGCACAUGCGAGGUUGACAGUGAACGCUCCCCCAAGAGUGACAGCCCCGCACCCUGAGCCAGCCUUCCUCAGGGGCCCUGCAAGCCUCCAGUGUAUGGUGUUAGCUUCCCCCGCGCCGGACUCCGUGGUUUGGUCUUGGGAUGAGGGCUUCCUGGAGGCAGGUUCACUAGGCAGGUUCCUGGUGGAGACCUUCCCAGCCCCGGAAGUGGAGGGAGCACAGGGCCCAGGCCUUAUUUCCGUGCUACACAUUUCGGGGACCCAGGAGUCUGACUUUACCAGGGGCUUCAACUGCAGUGCCAGGAAUCGGCUGGGUGAGGGACGAACCGAGGUCCACCUGGGCCGCAGAGACUUGCUGCCCACCAUACGGAUUGUGGCUGGAGCAGUCUCUGCAGCCACCACUCUCUUUAUGGUCAUCACCGGAGUGGCCCUCUGCUGCUGGCGUCAUGGCUCUUUCUCUAAGCAAAAGAACUUGGUUCGGAUCCCAGGAAGCAGCGAUGGCUCCAGCUCACGAGGCCCUGAGGAGGAGACUGGCAGCAGUGAGGACAGGGGUCCCAUUGUGCACCCCGACCACAGUGACCUGAUUCUGGGUGAAAAGGAGGCUCUGGAGACAACGGAUCCAACCAACGGUUACUACAAGGUGCGAGGAGUCAGCGUGAGCCUUAGCCUUGGGGAAGCCCCCGGAGGAGGCCUCUUCCUGCCACCCCCGUCUCCGAUUGGACUCCCAGGGACUCCUACUUACUAUGACUUCAAGCCACACCUGGACUUAGUACCCCCCUGCAGACUGUACAGAGCACGGGCCGGGUACCUCACCACCCCUCAUCCCCGUGCUUUCACCAGCUACAUGAAGCCCACAUCCUUUGGACCCCCAGAUUUGAGCUCUGGGACUCCCCCCUUCCCCUAUGCUACCCUGUCUCUACCCAGCCACCAGCGUCUUCAGACGCAUGUGUGAAGACAUCUCUCUAACUGAAGCGUCUCAAGACCACCGACUUGCCAUCCUGUGCUGUCCAGCGUUCUGAUGACUCAGAACGAGUUGGUGACCGAGUCCUCCAAAACUGAACCCCAAAGGAGGGAAACAGCCGUCAGGACCAUUGAUGCCCAGUAGGCUCAGCCAAAGGGCAUGCUCCAAGUAGAAGCAAUAUGACCACUGUGUUCAUUUAUCCUCCUGGGAGAAAGACAUUCAAAAUGGUGGCAUUCAAAAUGCAGAGAGGCAAGGACAGGAUAUGAUGGGAGUUAGGGGCAUGGAUGGAAGGCAUUUCUAGGCAGUACAGAAAAUAUUUGAAAGCGACCAUCUGCAUCAAGAACAAUGACAGCAUAAAACAAAUCAAGAUGAGAGGAAUAAUUUCCCCACCCAGUCCUGGCUUUCCUAGGGAGGGGAACUUUGAUCAAUAAAAGUGUAGCAAUAUGGCUGC